AUGAGAGAGCAGCGUCCUACUGGGACUAAUGGUGAAGCAAACUCCCGUAUCGCAAAUCCUGAAUCGCGGUCGAGAGUCGUAUGCAUCUCUUGCUGCAUUUUGAACACCUUACUAGGAGGCAGUAUUAAUGUCUACUCCUUGUAUGGACCUCGCUUUACCCGAGACUUGCAUCUGGAUCAAUACCAUGUCAACACCAUCUCAACUACGGCCAUGAUGUCUCUGUACAUCUUGGUUCCUGUAUGGGGACGCAUCUGCCAGCUCACAUCGCCACGCCUGCUCUCCUUCAUUGCCGGUAUCUUGUUUGGAACCAGCUACCUGGCGAUUGCAUCAUUGUUCAUAACCCACCACAUAUCUACUCUUGACCAUCCAAGGCCAGCCUUUCUCACUCUGUUACUAGCGUAUAUAUGCAUCGGCGCUGCUACGAGUUCUGUUCUGAUGAGUUCAAUCAUUGCAUGCACGCAGACGCUUGAGAAGUCACCUUACAAGGGGUUUCUGAGCGCUGUGCCGAUCGCCUGUUUCGGUCUCAGCGGGAUACUCGAGAGCAAAGUGGCAGUUCGGCUCUUUUGUCUCCCCAACAAGGACAUAGACUUGGCCAGCUUCUCUUCAUUUCUCGCCAUCGCGCUGUUUUCCACCGGAAUGCUAGGAGCCUGGGGUCUGAAGUCGCCCGAUGAAGUGUUGGACAUUCGAGGGCAUCUCCAGAACUCUGAGGAGAGACAAACUGCGAGCUACGGAGCUAUUGAACCGCAGCAGCUUGAAGGAAACGUGCCAACACCAGACCGAGAUACUCACUUCCCUACAGCUUUACCGAAGGACCCCUUGCUAUGGUGGCUUUCGGUCGCCAACCUCCUCAUCGUAGGCCCGACUGAGGUGUACAACUUGAAUCUAGGGACACUUCUCCAAUCCAUAACAGGCACUGACUCUGUUGCGAACCAAAUAUCACACCAUGUUGCUCUUCUCGCCAUUGUGUCAACUGUUGCACGGUUAAGCGCUGGUGCUUUGUCAGAUUGCCUCCAGAGGGAGAGUAGCUCGACGGCCGAAGAGCAGAAAUACAAUUUGGUCUCCUCUCCCUUCGUCCUAUUUCUAGCUCCUGCAGCAUUUGAUGUCCUCGGCUUCUUGACACUUGGAACGACGGUGGCCAGGUUCCCCAAAGCCAUAUCUCUGACGUCUGCUUCGGUUGGUCUAAGCUACGCCAGCAGCCUGUCUCUUCUCCCAGUCACGCUCUCGAUCUGGGGAACAUCACAGUUUCCCCUUGCAUGGGGCAUCAUAUCUCUGGCGCCGGCAAUGGGAAUUGGGGCAUUCGGUUACCUGUACUCGGUCGCUUACCAGCAUGGAAUGGAGAGGGGCGGUGGAGUGGCCGGAUUCUGUGUUGGCGCGUUGUGCUAUACACCGUGGGCCAUAAUCUGUGCCCUGGCAGUAGGAAUGUCUAUCGUCUGCGUUUUGAUGGCUUGGUUGAUCUUGUCUAACAGGAGGCACCGGUAA